AUGAAGCUUGCCUCUGCCCUUGUUGCUGGCCUAGCCACGGCUUCAGCUGAACCUCUCACCAAGGUUGCUCGAUCUGUAAAGCCCACCAAAGUGAAACUCAACAAUUGGUGGGACGGUACCGACUACCAGUGGUACGGCAAGAUCUCUGUCGGUACUCCUGAGGAAGAAUUCAACCUCCUCUUCGACACCGGCUCUACAGACCUCGUCCUGCCCAAGAAAGGAUGCACAUCCUGCAGCAACUACACCACCUAUGACCCUUCAAAGUCUUCCACGUACUCCAAGGAGCCCAACUACCAGUACGAGGCUAGCUAUGGUACUGCUGGCAACGCCGAGCCCCUGGCCAAACCUGUCACCAUGCAAGGCCGAAUCGUCACGGACGUGGUCACCAUUGGCGACGCUACAGCCGAGAACCAGACCUUUUUCCUAAGCGAAGAGUAUCCCAAAGAGCUUGGCGAGAACCCUCUAGGCCCCAACAUCGAUGGCAUCUUUGGUCUCGGUCCCCCGGGGGCAUCUGUGUUUAACCACGAGUUUAACAAGACCUUUACGACUACUUUUUGGAACCUUGUUAAAUCGGGACAACUUCCGCCAGUAUUUUCACUGUUUCUCAACUCUGGCCGUGGUUCUGCCUCUGGUGAAGCCACACUUGGUGGUAUCGACUCUUCCAAGUAUGAAGGAGAGUUGACCAAGGUCCCAUUCAACGCUACUGUUACAGCAUUGGUCGGAGAGUGGUUUAUCGACAAUCCUACCUUUUACAUCGACAAGAAAUCCGUCAAGAACUCGGCCACAGGCAAGCCAUUCACUCAGGCUGUGUCUCUUCUCGACACUGGUACCGCGUUCGUCAUGGCGCCAGAUCACCAAACUGCCAAGGAUAUGUAUGCUGCAAUCAGCCCUGAGAUCAAGCUCCUCGACAAGCUUGGCGUCUGGGGAGCUCCCUGCGAUGUGAUGAAGAAGCUCGAGCCGGAAUUAACUUUUACUGUUGGAUCUGGUGACAAAAUGGUCAACCUCACCAUGCCCGCGGAUGCCUUCAACUUGGGAGAACAUCCCGAUCACCCCGGAAAGUGUCAGGGUGUCAUUCUUCACUCUCCUGAGCCUAUCAGUGAGCUUGCAACCGUGUGGGUGAUUGGAAGUCCUGUUCUGAAGGGCUACUACACUGUCUGGGAUGGUCAGAACCUGGAGCUUGGAGUGGGAAUUCUGAAGGAAUCUACUGGCAAUGCUACAGAGACCAGCUCUCCGGCAAGCACACCUACCUCUGAGGCUGGAGUUUUGGCACCUUACUGGGGGCUUUUUGCGGUCUUGGCCGGAGUAUUCUUUAUCUAG